ACCGUUUUCACGCAUAUAUUUUAUUUCGCGAAGAAAAAUUACAAGCCGAAAACAAGCAAAACGUAAUUGUUUUUCGCCGCAUUAGUUUUCCAUCAAAAGCAAUUAAAGCGCAACGCAUCCCAACCCCCGGCCAUCCUUAAACGCACACACACACCGAAAACGACGCUGCAUGUGUGCGUGUGUAUAGACAAUUGUCUUGCGUGGUGCCGGGUUACAUAUUUUUAUUGAAUUUUUCUCGUGGGCCUGCCAAAACAAAUGUGCAUGCAGUAGAAGGGCCACAAAUUGGCGGCAGCUUAAAUAAAACCCCGUAAACACAGAGAAAAAACACGGUCUAGGAAUGAUGUUCACGGGCACCAACCAGCAGCAGGACACUCGGUUCAGCGACAAGGAAAAGAAACUUAUGAAACAAAUGAAGUUCGGCGACUGCCUGAGCAAGCGCGUGGACAUGUCCAAGGUGAAGCUGGACGUGCUGCGGCCGUGGAUCAGCAAGAAAAUCACCGACAUUCUCAACAUCGAGGACGAUGUUGUGGUGGAGUUUGUAUACAACCAGCUGGAGGAGGAGAAGUAUCCAUGUCCCAAGAAAAUGCAAAUAAAUAUGACGGGAUUCCUCAAUGGGAAAAAUGCCCGCCAGUUUAUGGGCGAACUGUGGGCUCUGCUGCUCUCGGCCCAGGACAGUGACUCUGGCAUCCCGGCUGAGUUCAUACAGCAAAAAAAGGAUGAGAUACUCAAGCGCGAGGAGGAGCUACAGCAACGCCAGCGUGACCGAUCCCGCUCACGUUCUCGCUCUUCGCGCGGCAACUCCCGGCGUGACCGUCAGCGGGAUCGAUCUCCAAAUGGUGGCAAAUCCAAGUCCCGCUCCCGUUCGCGCUCUGCGAAGCCAGCCAACAAUGGCUCGGUACCAAGUGCCGCCCGUGAGGCAGCAGCCAAUGCAGCGGCUCGGAUUCGCAAGCGCGGCGGCUCACCCUCGGCCGCCCGUCCUGCCUCCAGGGAGCGGCGACCCAGCCGUCGACCGCGUUCCCGCUCUCGCCAGAAGACGCGCUCUGGCUCGCGAGCGUCUGCCAAAAAGGCAGCCUCCUCGGACCCACCACCAACCAAGGCUGUCAACGGACGUCACUCGGCGGGGGACAAGUCGCCCGUACAGCCCAAGGGCAAAAAGUCGCGCUCACGCUCCAGAUCGCGUUCCCCACGCAGCCGCUCUAGAUCCAACGGCAAGCGUUCCCGUUCCCGCAGCUCCUCGCCCCGCAGUCGACGACGUGGCCGCUCCAGCAGCAUUUCCCUGUCCCCCGAACGCAAUCAGGAUCAGUUCGAGCAUCGUCGCAACAAGAACAGUGUCCAGAACAAACGUCAGUAUCGCAAUAAUCGCGGCGACUCGGCCAGCUCCAUGGAGCGGGGCAAUGACCGUGGACGCCAGUUUGGUGGCGGCGGCGGAGGAGGAGGCGGCCGCCGAGGCAGGCGCUUUUCACCACGCGGUGGUAACCGCAGUCCCAUGCGUCAGGAUAAUGGUGGAGGCGGCGGCGGUGGACGUUUCCAGCGCUCCAAUUCGAGACGUCGCUCACGUUCCCGUCGACUCUCCCGUUCUCCCAUGCGAUACUCUCGGUCUCCCAGGCGAUUUAACAAUCGCCGUCGGUCGCCCAUGAUGCACUAUCGGGGUGGAGGUGGUCGUGGCGGUGGACGCGGCGGCGGCGGCGGUGGUGGUGGUGGUGGCGGUGGUCAUCGCCAGAUGUGGCAGCAUCGCGGCGGAUCACCAAACAUGCGUGGAGGCGGUCGCAUCCACUGGCAGGCGAGAUACAGCCCCGGCGGCGGUGGUGGUGGACGAGGUGGCGGCGGCGGCAUGGGGCGCUUCGAUCGUCGCCAGUCACCGCACCAGAAUCGCUACAACCGGGAUCAUCGGCCAUCGGACGCACAGGGACAGCCGUUCCGGAAAUUUUCACCCCAUUCUGGGCCGGGUCGUCGCUUUUCCUCGCCGCAGCGCCGCAACUCGCGCGAUCGUCGCCCGAAUUCUCGGGAACGUCGCAGCUCACCGGGGGGCCAUGUCAAUCGCUGGGACAAUCCGCCACCGGCCAGGCAUCGACGAUCCACGUCGGAGAGCUCUGCAGAGCCGGCUGGACGGCAGCAGCGACAGCGCAGUGCCAGUCCCGCUGAGAAACGUGGACGCAGUCGUAGUCGCAGCCAUGAGAGGAGUCGCAGUCAUGUGAGGAGCCGCAGCCGCUCCAGUCCGCGACCAAGCCGCAAGCGAGACAGUCCUAUUGCUGAGCGUUCUUCGGUGGAGUUCAGCGGCCCGGCCGUCAACACUAUCGAUCUCUGUCGCGAGGAGCAGCAGCACCAGCAGCGUAAAUCCAAUCCAGAGACGCUCAAGGUCGUCGAGCAGCCAGCAGCAGUAGCAGCAACAGUACGCAGCACUUAUGCCAGUCUGUCCCGCACUCCAUCACCGUUCCUUAAACCGCACGAGCGUUCGGCCGCCGCUUUAUCAGCCGCUGCCGCCACCGUCUCCGUAUCCAAGGCUGUUCCAAAGAAAUCCCGCAGGAGUCAAAGCAGCAGCUCCGACAGCAGCGCCGACAGUGAUGACAGUGACGAUCCGCCGGCGCGCCGCAAGAUCCAGCAAAAGAAGCUGCCAGCUCCCGUGGAGGUGGCCAAGUCACAGUCAAAGUCGAAAUCGCAACGCAGCUCGGACACCUCCAGCAGCAGCGACCAGAGCGACGAUGACAACUCGAGCAUCGACGAUAAGUUGAAAAAGAAGAAGCAUCAGCAGCAGCAACAACAGAAAGUGGCGGCCGUCAAGCUGGACAAACGUCGCUCGGACAAGAAACUCAAGCGGCCCACCUCCAGUGCAGAGGAAUCUACGGGCGUUGAAGUGGAGGCGGCAAGACCAGGCAGCAGUCGCAAGCGUAGCCAUAAGAAACCCCGACGAGAUGAGGGCGGCGAUGUGAGCGAUUCUGAGGAGGAGAAUGCGCCCAAAAAGAAGCGCAAGAAGUCCAAGAAGGCGGCGGACACAUCCGACAGCGACUCUGAGGACUCGUCCAAGAAGAAGAAGCAUAAGAAACACAAAAAACACAGCAAGAAAAGCAAAAAACACAAGAAGCAUAAGAGGAAGAGCAGCGGAGGAAAGACUCGCCCGGACACAAGCUCCCAAGGCAGCAGCGACGAGGAGGAGCAGUCGGGAUUGGCGCCAAAGCGCAAUGGGAAACUGCCGCUGCUGCUCGCUGGCGGCACCGGCCCGGGGGGCAUUAACGAAGAUCUGGAGAAACAAUUGCGGGAGCGCGCAUUGAAAUCCAUGAAGAAGUUGGACUGAACCACACACACAGACUAUACGAAAAUGAUUGCCCAUAACCAGACAUACAGACACCCUGGAUGCACUCAAUCACACACGCACGCACUCACACAGUUGGAAAACUCCUUAGCCCACAUAGAACAGACAGACGUACGUAGCCAUUAAAAUUAUAAAAAACUACAUUUACAUUUACACCAACUAAACAUUCAUUGAUUGUAUACAUUGUAUUUCUUAAAAUGUAUUUCAUACCUUUAAGUUCUUUGCCUAAAAAAAAAAAAACAGAAUAGCUACUAUAAAACCACGCGAACAUUAAGCAAAUGAAUACAAUUUGUAUUAUGUACAAACAAAACAUAAAAAAAAACAUUAAAAUAAUAACCUAUAAACGAUAUAUAGCCCCCAAGUGGUUUUAUAAACGAAAGAAAAGAAAAGAUCCAUUCGGCAAUUUGUAAUGUUGCCUCAGUUUAAUUUAUAAGUAGGUUUUACAAAUGUAAUUAUUAAUGCCUGAAUCAAGAAAAGUGUGUUUGAGAGAGCAUUAACUAUUGAGAAAUAAACACAAAUGUAAAAUUAUUACAAGUCUU